CGCUACCGAUGAAAAUCCUGUAGCGCUGCAUGCAUGCCGUACGUGUAUACUCGAUCGCGGCGAGGCUCCAAGUUCUCGAUCAAAGCAUUCAUUCAAGACUUUAUUUUCUGUCUCGACUUUUGACCUAUGUUCUCUUCUUCAAGACUUGCCCAACUAACUGCCAUCAGUGAAUGGUUGUAGCACAUCUGGAGUUUCAGACGGAAGACAAAAUUGCUUGUGUUGGAGUGGAUUACAUGAGAGUUUGAUUCAUUGGAAUCAGUUGGACUGAAUUGAGACCGACGAGGAACCCACAGAUUCGAAAUCUGCAUUUGGAUUAUUAAAGUUUGUUGUUGGUUUGGAUUUAUGAGAGCCAAACAACAACCAAGCUAGAGAUUGGAAUCAGCAUCAUCAUCAUGUCUGGUCUCAAAAGACUGCCGUUGCUUUUCAAACAGCCCGUUCGUCGAGCUAGCUUCAUGGACAAGAUGUCCAAAGAUGUCAGGUCCAAGAAUCCGUUGAAAUGGACAGACUACGGAGAUGGCCUCAAUGCAUCGAGACCUCCCAAGCAUGCUGACAUUGUGGUGAUUGGGGGAGGGGUCAUGGGGUCCAGUGUGGCCUACUUCUUGAGGCGGCAGGCUCAGGCGGGAGUAAGCGUUUGCGUUGUGGAGAGAGACAUGAGUUAUACAAGAGCAUCGAGUGCCCUUGCAGUCGGGGGAAUCCGACAACAGUUUUCAGUUCCAGAAAAUAUCUAUAUGUCUCUCUACAGUGCACACUUCCUAAGAAACAUCAAGCAAUACCUUUGUGUAGAUGACAGAGAUCCUCCCGACAUCCAAUUCAACCACCAGGGAUACCUCACGCUUGCGUCGCCCGACAACGCUCAUAUCUUAGAAGAGAACUUCAAGCUACAGACUGAACUUGGUGCAAAGCUUGAACUUCUGUCGUCGACUGGACUGAAAGAACGGUUUCCUUGGAUAAACAAUGAAGGGGUAGAAGUUGGUGCUUAUGGUUUGGAGAACGAAGGCUGGUUCGACCCGUACCUUCUAACCAGGUCCUUCCAGCAGAAAGCAGAGUCUCUGGGAGCGCAGUACUGUCGAGGUGAAGUCAUCGGCUUUGAGUGUAACCAAGUUGACAAAGGGAUGGGUGUUCCUGGAUACUACCAGGGACAGGGCAAGAGGAUCAAGUCCGUCAAGGUGAGGAUGCCCAACAGUCCGGAAGUAAUUGACGUUAACUGCGCCAUGGCGGUGGUCUGCGCCGGCUCCUGGUCAGGCGAGAUAACAUCCAUGCUGGGCAUCGGUCAAGGGUCGGCUGAAGACUUGCUUGACGUACCCCUGCCCGUGGAGCCCAGGAAGAGGUAUGUCUACGUGACCCACUGCCCAGAUGGCCCUGGUCUGGACUUCCCGAUGAUCAUCAACCUCGAUGGGGUCUAUGCCAGGAGGGAGGGGCUUGGAGGCAACUAUGUCAUGGGAUCUUGUCCGUUUCCAGAUCAGACUGAACCAGACUGUGACAAUCUCAAUGUGGAUUAUGAAUUCUUUGAAGAAAAUAUUUGGCCCUCUCUAGCAAACAGAGUUCCAGCUUUUGAGAACUUAAAGCUCAAGAGUGCGUGGGCUGGUUUCUACGACUACAACACGAUUGACCAGAACGCCAUUAUUGGACACCACCCUGCAUACCCCAACCUCCUCCUAGCAACAGGGUUUAGUGGUCACGGUAUACAGCAGUCUCCUGCAGUUGGACAAGCGAUAAGUGAUCUUAUUUUUGAAGGAAAGUUUGUGGAGAUUGAUCUGGCUCGAAUGGGCUUUGAGCGGUUCAUCAGUAAAAGGCUUGUCAAAGAAGCAAAUAUCUAUUGAUCACAGAAAAACAGUGACUUGCAGUAGGGAAAGUGAUCUCAUUACCAAAGAUAUGUGCUCAGAUGGGCUUUAAGUGACUCAUCAGUAAAAGGCUUGUCAAAGAAGCAAAUAUCUAUUGAUCACAGAAAAACAGUAACUUGCAGUAGGGCAAGUGAUCUCACUACCAAAGAUUUGUGCUCGGUUAGGCUUUAAAGGCAUCUGAGAUGCAUGGCCCUACGUGUUAUCAGUAUCUGUGAUAUGGUGUACUAUUGAAACCCUAAAAAAAUUGGCGCAAAAUACCAUGAA